ACGCACUUCCUUGUUUUGGUUUUUUUUUUCUGGACGAGAGAUGUUCAUGUUUUGACAGUGAGUAAAAUAGUGGGGGGGAUUGUGUGUUUUUAAUUGCCUGAAUUACAGCAACGAGCAGUCUAUAUAUUUUUUAUUUUAAAAAGAAAAUGUUGCCAUUGAACACUUUGCGGGUGUUGUGCUCGCCCCGGGCUUUACUGCACCGCAGCUGGCUUACGACGACCCGACAGUGCGUUUAUAAAACUGUCACACGGCGUACGUCCACGUGCGGCCCCAAGGAGGACACGUGGCACGGCAACAAGGACCCGAAGGCGCUGGGGAAGGAAAGAAGGCGCAUUUACUCUCCUAAUCCAGGCAGUUCCAACAGGAGUUACUGUGCGGGUCAGGUCCAACUGAACUGCUGGAGUUGCAAACAGCCUCUCGACGCAACUUCUCCAUUCUUCUGCACGUCAUGCAACGUGAUCCAGUCCCCGGAAGAAGACGCAUCCUACUUUAAAAUCAUGGAUUGUGACGUCACGUUCACGCUGGACACGCACAAGCUGCAGAAAAGAUACUUGCAACUCCAGCGGUCUCUGCAUCCGGACAACUUCAGCCAGAAAUCUGGGAAAGAACAGCAGUAUUCAGAAAGCCACUCGGCGCUCGUGAACAAAGCGUACCGCACGCUGCUGAAGCCUUUGAGUCGUGGUCUUUAUAUGCUGGAGCUGGAGGGGGUGCGUACAGACGAGGGCACCGACUCGGGGGCCGACUCGGGGUUCCUGAUGGAGCUGAUGGAGAUCAAUGAAGCCGUCGAUGAGGCGCGGACCCCAGAGGACGCCAAUAAGAUCGGCCGGGACAUGAAAGGCAAACUGGCAGUGUUGACGGAGGCGAUAGACGCUGCCCUUCUUGAAGAACUCAAACAAAUUGCCCCACUCCUAGCGAUGGAGCGAAAUGACCCCAACCUGCGAAGGGGGCGUUGCAGAGCCACUAAAUGGCGAUGGGAUGGAAAGCCUCUGGAGUGGUGCCAUGUUCAGAGCACAGGUCCUGCCAACGGCGUCCAGAGCGCUGCCAACGGGAAACCCGACAUUAUAACGUCCAUAACGGGGGGGGGAGAACAACAGCUGCUUAUGUGUUAUCUCGUACCAGCGAUCGAAGGGAAAAAGGUUCCUUAAAGAACAUAAGGUUGUGAACAGCAGUGGUGGAUAGGAACCCGUGUGUAUCAAGUAAAAGGUCUCAUUAUGGUCUCGAUGCAGAAUCGUCCAUGGGUAGUUUUAACUCGUCGUCGGAUCACUACGACAGCGACGCAGCCGAUUCCAUCGUUUAUAUAUUGUUGGGUUCUUCAUAAAUGUCGUAACUGUGUUUUUCGCCAAAACCUAACAAAGUAGUUCUGCAGCGUUUUGAAGUUAUUAUUUUUUUUUCUAAAUCUUCCAAGGUUUAUUCAGCACGUGUUCCAAACGUGCUUCAAACCGCGACCUCAAUCUGGGAGCAAUUUGGUUUCCCUCAACGACAAAAAAAACGUUAUUCAAAGAGUACAGUUUAGUCCAAUGGGAACGUCGUAUUGGAGGGGAGAAAGAGGGUUUGCUAUUUUUAACUGUCGUAGGCAAUUCAAAAAAAUAAAAAUAAAUAAAUAAAAAGAUCUGUAUCUUCUUGCAAUGAAACACAAUUUGAAGUACAGUUUGAGAGGAAGUAGAACGCACGCUAAUCCCUUUUUAGAUGAGACGAACGCAGGUUUCUUUGCACAGAGGCGUGAGAGACGGUGAGGAGGACCCC